CUCCCACCCCGGCUCUAGCAACGCGUCUGGAGACCCUGAAGCCUAGCGCGGACCGCUGGGUCUGCCGUACGCCAUGUGCGCCCCGCCGUUCGUGCUGCUGCCGGUGUUCUUGUGGACACUGCCGGAGGGAGCCGGGUCGCAGGCCUCCUCGACCCCCACGGGGGCCAUGCCCACCUCUCCGGACCUGGGGCCAGGGACGCCGGGCGGGACCCUCCGACCCUCGGAGGGCACUGCCACCCCCCGGGCCGUGCCCGGGCCGUCUGCGGGGGGCCCUACCCUCGCGGCGCCUGAGAACGGCACAGCGGACCUCUUCCCAGCCUUGCCGAUCUGUGUCUGUGACUUGACUCCUGGUGCGUGCGACAUCAAUUGCUGCUGCGAUAGGGACUGCGGUCUUCUCCAUCCACGGACCGUUUUCUCCUUCUGUCUUCCUGGCAGCGUAAGGUCUUCAAGCUGGGUGUGUGUAGACAGCUCUCUAAUCUUCAGGAGUAAUUCUCCAUUUCCUUCAAGAGUUUUUACAGAUUCAGAUGGAGUUCCACAGUUUUGUGUUCGUGUGAAUGACUCAAAAUUAAACCAUUUCCAGAAGCUCCAAACAGUCAAUGCAACCAACUUCCAGGCCCUGGCUGCAGAGUUUGAAGGUGAACCAUUCACGUCAGUGUCCCGGGCCCAGUCACUACUACCUUUUUACAGGGCUGGGGACCCCAUCCUGACGUACUUCCCUGAGUGGUCUGUAACAAGCUUGCUGAGACAGCCUAUGGGAGUCGGAGCAGGGGGUUUCUGUGCGGAGACCAACCCUGCUGGUUUCCUAGAGAGUAAAAGCACAAGCUGUACUCGUUUCUUCAAGAACCUGGCAAGUAGCUGUACCUCGGACCCCGCCCUUAGUGCUGCCUCGUACUCUAACUUCACGGUCUUGAAGGUUCCAGAAGGUAUGACUGAUCUGCAGGACACGAAGUUCCAGGUUCCUGUGACACUUGUGUCACAAGCCGGUCCUCCUUUGUUGGCUGGGAACACCUGUCAGAAUGUUGUUUCCCAGGUCAUCUAUGAGAUAGAGACCAAUGGGACUUUUGGAAUCCAGAAAGUCUCCGUCAGUUUUGGACAAACCAACCUGACCAUCGAGCCAGAUGCUUCCUUUCAGCAGCGCUUCACUGUUCGCUUCAGGGCAUUCGGACAGAGCACAGCUGCUUCUCUUACUGGUCCUAGAAGUGGGAAUCCCGGCUACAUUUUUGGGAAGCCACUCCUGGCUCUAAGUGGUGAUAGAAGUCACUCUAUGACCCUCCUGCAGAGUCUGGGAAAUGGAAUUUGCUCUCCAGAGAGACGGGAAGUACUGUUUGGAGUGAAUGCAGUUUCUGGGUGCAAGCUCAGGUUGAAGAAGGCCAACUGCAGCCACCUGCAGCAGGAGAUUUAUCAGCAUCUCCAUGGCAGGCCCAGACCAGAGCAUGUCGCUAUCUUUGGUAAUGCUGCCCCAGCUCAGAAAGGAGGGUGGACCCGGAUCCUCAGCAGGAGCUGCAGCGUUUCGGUGCAGAUCCUUUACUGGAGCCAAGUGGUCUGCUCAGAGCCAGUGCCUCUCAUGAGCCUGGCACAUGGAAGAUACUCGGUAGCCGUUGUUCAAACCAGUCAGCGUCCCUCCGUGGCUGUGAAUUGUACCUCCUGCUGUGUGAUACCAGUGGCCCUGGAGGUCCAGGUGUUGUGGGCUUAUAUAGGCCUCCAGUCCAACCCACAGGCACAUGUGUCCGGAGCCCGGUUUCUGUACCAGUGCCAGCCUCUGCAGGAUUCCCAGCAAGAACCUGAAAUCUCUCUGACAACACUCGUGAACUUUGUGGACAUUACCCAGAAGCCAGAACCUCCAAGGGGCCAACCCAGAAUGGACUGGAAACUGCCGUUUGACUUCUUCUUCCCUUUCAAAGUGGCAUUCAGCAGAGGAGUGACUGCUCAGAAGGGCUCCGCCCUACCCACCCUCGUUCUGUGCCUCUUACUGCUGGCGCGCUCAGCCUAGAGACUAAGUGAAGAAAGCGUGUUCAGGUUCCCAGUUUCCCUGUGGGAAGCUCUGAGUCAGCCUACUUAUCUUGGCUAAACAGAUUCUCCCCUGCUCAUGACCAGAGAUGAACUUGAUACAGUACGGGUUCUAACUGAAGGUAUCUGCUAUAGGGCAUGAGCGCUCGCCGGAGAGGCUGAGGGGGACGGGGAGACAGAAAGUGAGAGAUCCUCCCCAGGGGCGAUGGCCAUGCUACGGUCCCUUCUCCAGUCUCCUGUUGGGUUUUGGGCAUGCACAUACACAUACACCUAGCGUGAGUUUCAAGCCUCUGGGUCCAGGACUCAAACCUCAGUCAGCCAUAUGGGAAGCCAGCAAUGUCACCCCUAUGCUGUGUACUGGUCCCCAAAGGCAUCUUUGUAUACUUAAGAAGAUGUUUAGAAAAGCAAUAUACCUUUUCUUCAUUGUAGCCCUCAGCUAGGGCUCUGUGUCCCCCCGGGAACGUGCUCACUCCUCAGCUUCUCAAGCUGGAGAGGCAAAGAGCCUUCCUCCAGCCCUGCCAGUGCUGUAGGCCCAGCUAAAGGCGUGCGAGAUCUCCGUCCACCUGCUCACAGGCACAGUCAGGCCCGACAGGAAGAGGAACACGCUGCUGUCACCCCACAGGAACUUGGCAUAGCUGCCCUCUGGACUUGGAGGCACUGACUGCUCAGGACAGAAAACUGCUGGCACAUUUCAUCUGGCUCCUUCGCCAAGGUCUGGCCUCACCCUUGACCCAGGCAUCAGGGGAAAACAGGUCUUUGUACUGAGUGUCUAAGGCGAAUGAAAUCCUGGCUCCCUUCCUACAAGGAGGUGACCCCACCUGCUCUUUCCUUCUUCCCACUGUGGUGAGGGAAAUAAAACUGGCUGAGUGCUUUGUUGCGUGGGCCCCAGUGGCCUAGCAGAAGGAAGCUGACCACUGGGCACCUUGUGGAUCUUCCGUGUGUGUGCAGUUAGAGAGGGGACUUUCAUUCAUCUUAGGGAACCUGGGUUCUUUUCCUGGGAGACGCAUGGUUGUAUGACACUGGCAUGAGUAUUGUGUUCAGCAUGAAAUGUUUCCUAGCAUAACGUUGGCUUACAAAGGGCUCUGCCUGCCCAUCGCAGAGAUUCCGGCAUGCAGAGAGAAGUGCUUUAGAAGGCAGUUUCUGGGCCAGCAGGUGGUGUGGGGGCUGGAUCCCACAUGACCGACCACAUGGUUUGGGUCCUGGCCCCAGGGGCUUGGGAGUCAUACCAGGCACAUGUACAUGUGUGCCCGGAGUCCUGGGACGAGAGGGGAUUGCAGCAUGGCUGUCGGCCAUUUGACUUUCUGCACGGUUUUUAUUUAACCAUAUAUUCAAUUUAAAGAGGUUCUUUUACUGUAAAAGAUGAUGUACAGUUUGGGAAUUGAAACCCCAGCCUGCUGUGGAGAGACAGGCACUGUCAUGUACUUCUGGUGAGAUUAUAAACUGGUGGAGACCUCAGGA